UGAAAACUUACAAAAGUCGGGUGACUAACUUAGGAGUUUACCCAGAAAUCGGUAAGAGGCAGUGCAGCUUCACAUGGCAACGCCGAGUAAAAAAGCCCCAGCCCCGCUUUCCGAUCAUUACUCAAAGAAAAAAGAAGGCUCAAUUCACACUCACACGAGCCCCAAUUGAUUAGCAUCACCGUUUAUGACACCGACCGGGAUAGAAUGCAAAACACUGUCGCCAAGGUUGCCGUGGUGGGAAGCGGAAUUUCAGGGUCUGUUUGUGCCGCUACUUUGGCAAGGAAUGGAAUUUCAGUGAUCCUUUUUGACUCUGCCAGGGGUCCUGGGGGCCGCAUGUCUCAAAGAAGAGAGAUAAGUGAAGAUGGGAGAGAGCUGUUAUUCGAUCAUGGUGCUCCUUAUUUCACAGUGACAAAUCCCGAUGUGUUGAGUGUUGUUACUGAGUGGGAAUCAAGAGGCCUUGUUGCUGAAUGGAAAUCGAAUUUUGGGUCUUUUGAUUGUUUCACCAACAAAUUUGUCAACACUGAACACCAGGAAAGAGAAAGCAAGAAGUAUGUUGGUGUGCCUGGAAUGAAUUCCAUUUGCAAAGCGUUGUGCCACGAGCCUGGAGUAGACAGUAAGUUUAAUAUGGGCAUCGGGAAGUUUGAAUGGUUAGAACACGAGAAUCUAUGGUCAUUGAUAGGUUUGGACGGACAGCAUCUUGGACAUUUUAAGGGAGUGGUGGCAUCAGACAAAAACAUUGCUUCACCAAGGUUUACAGCGAUAACAGGACAACCGCCCCCUCUUGAUAUUAUCACGAAGGUAAUACAAGAACUCAGCAAUAACUGUGGUUAUCACAAAAGUCAACUCUACCUAGCUGGAGAUUUGAGUUUGGCUCCGGAGUUAGUGAAACUGCACGAUAUUCCCAUUUAUCCUUGUUUUGCUCUAAUGCUAGCAUUCAAUGAACCUUUGUCUUUGGUACCUGCAAAUGGGUUGUCGUUCACCAAUUCUAAGGUUUUAAGCCGGGCACACUGUGAAAGCAGCAAGCCAGGGCGCUCUUCCACAAGUGAACGAUGGGUAUUGCAUUCAACAACGGAGUAUGCCAAGGAUGUGAUUGCUCAAUCAGGCCUUGAGAAACCUUCGAAAGAAACGUUGUCGAAAGUGGGGAAUGAGAUGCUUCAAGAGUUCCUCGGCACAGGUCUCACUAUUCCGCAGCCAUUUUUCAUGAAAGCUCAUAGAUGGGGAAGUGCCUUCCCAGCAACAAGCAUAGCCAAGGAAGAGAAAUGUGUCUGGAGUGAGAAGAAGAAACUGGCAAUCUGUGGGGAUUUCUGUUUGAGUCCAAAUGUUGAAGGUGCAAUUCUCAGUGGCUUGGCUGCUGCUUCUAAGCUUAAAGGCUUAAUCGGCACCCUAUAAUAUAACCUUUGAUUUGCUUUCCCUUGAUGUUGGCUGCAUGACAUGUUUGAACAUGAUGUAGGAAGAGCAAGAUUUUAAUAUUACCAGCAAGGGCGUUGGGAUUUAUUCCAAGUGUUUCACCAUUUUGUUAAUUUACUUACUUUCAAUGCAUAUUAUUUUCAUUCAUCUCAUCAACCCUGAAAUACGAUCUCUUCAAUGAACCCAUUAUUUUAAUGAUGUCAAAACACUUGUUUACCCUUUAUUAAACAUAUGAUCAUCAAUAUUUAUUUACAUUCACAUAUUAGCUUACAAUUUAUUAAA